AUGCUUGCUACUACUAGAGUUUUCAGCUACUCUAAGACAAACGAUCGUAUCAAUAUCUCUGUUUAUUGCCAAGAUGAUGAUGAUAUUAUAAAUGAUAUAGGCGAAUCAGCUGGUCUAUUCGGACGUACAAACGGCGUUGAAUUUCCACCCGAUGAAAAGACCCUCUAG